GGCCGCGCUCCGCCCCGCCCACCCUUGCUUCGCCCGGCUCUUCCCACCGGCUCGGAGCUGCAGGCCACGGCCCAGGGGCGGGGCGGCCGGGAGGAACCGCGUUCUGGAGCGGGAGGGAGAUCCGCCGCGGAGUUACGGGAAAGUUGGUCCGAGUUCUCGGGAGUUUCCCGGUGUGGUCCCUUGCGUUCGGCCGGCUGCUCCCAGGCUCCUUUCCUUCCUACGGCCUUCACGGUCCAUUCGGUCCCUCUUUCUGCCACCGGCCGCCAUGGAGCAGCCGCCGGCGCCCAAGAGUAAGCUAAAAAAGCUGAGUGAAGACAGUUUGACUAAGCAGCCUGAAGAGGUCUUUGAUGUUUUGGAGAAGCUUGGAGAAGGGUCUUAUGGAAGUGUUUUUAAAGCAAUACAUAAGGAAUCUGGUCAAGUUGUUGCAAUUAAGCAAGUACCUGUUGAGUCAGAUCUUCAGGAAAUAAUCAAAGAAAUUUCCAUAAUGCAACAAUGUGACAGCCCUUACGUGGUGAAGUACUAUGGCAGUUACUUUAAGAACACAGACCUCUGGAUUGUUAUGGAGUACUGUGGAGCCGGGUCCGUUUCAGACAUAAUUAGAUUACGAAACAAGACAUUAACGGAAGAUGAAAUUGCAACUAUUCUAAAAUCCACGUUGAAAGGAUUAGAAUAUUUGCAUUUUAUGAGGAAAAUACACAGAGAUAUAAAAGCUGGGAAUAUUCUCCUCAAUACAGAAGGACAUGCAAAGCUUGCAGAUUUUGGAGUGGCUGGCCAGUUAACAGACACGAUGGCAAAACGCAAUACUGUAAUAGGAACCCCGUUUUGGAUGGCUCCCGAGGUAAUUCAAGAAAUAGGUUACAACUGUGUGGCUGACAUCUGGUCCCUUGGCAUUACGUCUAUAGAAAUGGCAGAAGGAAAACCUCCUUAUGCUGAUAUACAUCCAAUGAGGGCUAUUUUUAUGAUUCCUACAAACCCACCACCAACAUUCAGGAAACCUGAGCUCUGGUCUGACGACUUCACGGAUUUUGUGAAGAAGUGCUUGGUGAAGAGUCCUGAGCAGAGGGCCACUGCCACCCAGCUGUUACAGCAUCCUUUCAUCAAGAAUGCGAAGCCCGUGUCGAUAUUGAGAGAGCUGAUCACGGAAGGCAUGGAAAUCAAGGCCAAGCGGCAUGAGGAGCAGCAGCGAGAGCUGGAGGACGAGGAGGAAAACUCGGAUGAAGAUGAGCUGGAUUCGCACACUAUGGUGAAGACUAGUUCAGAAGGUGUGGGCACAAUGCGGGCCACCAGCACGAUGAGUGAAGGGGCCCAGACCAUGAUUGAACACAACAGCACCAUGCUAGAGUCGGACCUGGGGACCAUGGUGAUAAACAGUGAGGAUGAAGAGGAGGAAGACGGAACCAUGAAAAGAAAUGCAACGUCACCCCAAGUACAAAGACCUUCUUUCAUGGACUACUUUGAUAAGCAGGACUUCAAGAACAAGAGUCAUGAAAAUUGUGAUCAGAGCAUGCGUGAGCCAUGCCCUAUGUCAAACAAUGUUUUUCCUGACAACUGGAGAGUUCCUCAAGAUGGAGACUUUGAUUUUGAGCAGUGUUGUCCUCCCAGGGCUAUUUGGUGAAAUGUCUGCACACAUUUUUGAUUGUCUCAACUCCAAGCUGCCACUGUCAUCUUGUAAGCAGAAGCCAGGAUACUGCUGCAUCCUGCAAAGCGAUCAUUACCACUACUCACCACCCAGGACAAAGGAUUACCCAGUUCCCAAUGUCACUCUUGCCAAGAUUGCAAAACCAUGAAAAAGACUUUGGAGCCCUUUCUUUAAGUCCUUCCCCUCUCCUGCCCCCUGCUUUCAUCCAGACCAUGGUGGUGUGGUGGUUGUGUUAAGCUACCCAAUUCAGCUUUAAACCACAGCUCCCAGCCUUACCUACAGAGGGUUUCUUAGCUACAGAGGUGGCCCUUUUUGUUAGAGAGCAGAGAGAGGAAGUGGCCGAAGAACUGCUGUGGAGAGGAACCAUGAAUAAGGUUUAUGGGAAAGAAAAGAUCUGGGGAACUUGUCCUAAGCGCACCUUGGGAAGAGCACUCGGUUUAAAUGCGUAUAUUUUAGAGGAUUUGUUUUUGUUGCCCCAUUGGGACUCAGCUAAGAGUCUCAUUGCCAUACAUAGAUAGAUAGGAGGACAGUCGAACAGACAGUUUAUUCAGAACAGGUUCUGUGUGACACAGGACCUUUCAUGAAGAGCUGAAGACACAUAAAUGCAGAUGGAGUUGAAUGUACAUGGAGUUGUGGAGGCAGAGGGAUCCGAGCUGCUGUUGGCAUCUGGGUCAGGAGCAGAGCAAGAGAAGCUGCUUUAGCAUGCUGCUCUGUGCAGAGUGCCCUCCAUCCCAACAGUGAUGGGAUGUUUCCUCUUCUUCACAUGUCCUUAGCGCAAAGCUGUGUGCCAGGGUAAUAAAUGUGGGGGUGGCAUGUUCUUAAAUUUCUGAUGUAAAAGUAUUAAGCCAUACAGAGUUGUAGAAAAACUAUUGCCCAUGAUUUAAUUUAUAAAUGAAAAUAUAAAAAACAUUUUGGGUUGACUAUAAAAAUAAUUUUGUAUAUAGUUAUUUUUAAGAUUAAAUCAAGUAUAAAUAAUUAUCACUUUUCUGGUAUCUAUUAUUCAUGUCAUUAAAAAUGCCACAGUUUUGUAGUACAUUUGUUUUAUUGCGACACUAAAAUCUCUCAUGCAUUUGCCUCUUGUUUGUCAGUUCUCAACUUGGAGUGGGUGUCGGGCAACAUUGCUUCUACCUGGAAUCGAUUUUCCCCUUUUUUCUAUUAGAAUGAGAAUCCUAGUUACAGGAAGGCCACACUACCAGCAUAUAGCCCAUAGCCCUUAAAACUGCUGGUAAGUAUAAAGUAUAACGUUUACAGUGGCCUCUGACAGUGCCCUUGAUGGUUCUGAUUGCACCUACUAACUCUUCUGGAACCCUCAUCGCCUGUCCUACUGCUCAGCUUACUCAGCCCGGGUCUCCCAGGGUUAGGGUUUGCCAGCCAUAAAGCUGUCUGUGCUGAGGUGCUCCUCCUGAGUGUUUAUUCCUGAGCAAAACAUCACUAACCCGAUUUCAACAAAUUAUCUGGAUGAAACAGAGGACGUUAUUGUGUUGAACAUAUGUAGAACAUUAAGCUUUUCUCUCUAGUGCCUUAAAUAGAGACUUAUAAUUUAUAUAUUCAACAUAAAUUCGAUAUAUGUUGUAUUAGAAGUCAAUCAAGCCUUGGUGUUUUUCGUGCCUAGUAUACCUACCAUUGUCUUGAAGUAUAUUUAAGGCUUUAGUAUUGCAAUCAUUAUAGUAGUGAAUGGUUCACUUUAAAGUGAAUGAAAAUAUCUCUGUUUAUUGUAUUUCAUCAUGAUAAAGUCACCUGAUGAAAUAACACUUAAGUUGGAGCCAUUUAUGUGGUACCACUGGAGGGUCAGCAGAGAAAGGCCAGGCAGUUCCAGAGGGAGACUAGCUUUAUUGUCUCAGUUAUCUCGUCUGGCAAAGCGAGGUCAUGCCGAGCACAAUGGCUGUUCUCAGUUCUGCUAUAAGGAGAGUCUUUGCUCCAGACCGCACGGUGAGCUCACUUCUCUCACAGUAAAGGUGCUGCUUAGCCCAUUUCACAGUGUGUGUCAGAUGUCUUAAGACAUCUUCAAGGUUUUCUAUUUUCUCUUUUAAAAAUCCCAGAUUUGGGGCUCAGGAGCCAGCUUAGUGGUAAAGAGCACAGUUUCUAACAUGUGGCUGCAUACAACUGUCUAUAACUCAGACCCAGGGGUCUGACCUCCACUGCACACUGUGGCACACGGACACGUGCAGAGUCACAGUGCUUCAGCUCAGACCAGCGUUUGUUAUUUACAAAGUCUGCUGUGUCAGGUUAUACACGGUGGAAUCCCGUUUCUAGUGGGACAUAGUGGUGCACAGCUGUAAACCCAGAACAUGGGAGGCUGAAACCGGAGACUUACUGCAAGUUCAAGGCCAGCAUGGGAUAGAUGCACAGUGAGAUUUUUAGAGUAAGAAUGGCUCCCAUCGAUCUGAAUGUUUAGUCACCGUGGAGUGGCUCUAUUGAGGAGAUUAGGAGAUAUGGCUUUGUUGGAAGAAGUGUGUCACUGAGGCUCUGAGCUUUCAAAAACCUAAGCCAGGCCCAGUGGCUUUCUCCUGCUGCCUUUGGAUCCUGCUGUAGAAUUCUGAGCUACCGUGUCUGUCUGCAUGGCACCCUGCUCUCCAGCGUGAUGGUAACAGUCUGAACAUCUGAACUAUAAGGAAGCCCAGUCAAAUGCUUUGCUUUAUAAGCAGUGCUGAGGUCAUGUUGUCUCUUCACAGUAAUAGAACACUGACUAAGACACGGGAGAACACUGCCAGUCCGCCUCUCCCCACGAAUGUUAAUCAUAAAAAGCAAGGCAUGUUAGUGCAUGACUAUAAUCACGUGGGAUUACUGCAUGUGGGAGGUGGGAGCGGGAAGAUCAGGGCUUCAAGGUCAUACAAUAGCCUGGCCUGGGUGAGACUCUGUCUUUAAAGAACAAAAUUUGUCUUUAAUAAAAUUCACAGUAGCUUUCCCAGCAGUCUGGUGACUAUCUGUUGUAUUGGAUCUUUUAAGUUGCUGGCAUUGUGCUUAAGAAUUGGGGUGGGGGUGGGGUUGAGGAUGAAAUGGACAUAGCUCCUAAGGAUGCCUCCACCCAUUUUCUUAUAAAUGGAUGCUCUGUUCUGUCUUUAGUUCUUGAUCCUUCUGAUCAAGAUCAUACAUACUUUUUAGCCACAGCUCUUCCAGGCACAUGAACCUGAGAGCCUUUGAUGUUUUUGUUUUCUACCCAGCAUUAAGAUAUCAACCAUAUGAAUAGUGAUUCCUAAUAAGGGUUAAGUAAGGCAUAAGUACACUUAGAUUUUCGAAAACUCCACAGUUAGAUCUUUAAUGAUUAAUAUAAUAUUGCCUUUUAAUAUAUUUAAAUACAUGAUAAUGUUGAUCAAUGCUAAUAAAUUGGUAGAAAGAAAUUUUAAGGAAAUGUAACUAAUAAAUUAAGGGAUUAUGGUCAAUAAUCACACCAGUUAGUAUCCACUCUUACUAGAAUAGUAACUCCUGUUUCUCCCUGGAUAGUCAGUUCUUAAAGAUAGAUAGAUAGAUAGAUAGAUAGAUAGAUAGAUAGAUAGAUAGAUAGAUAGAUAGAUGGAUGGAUGGAUGGAUGGAUGGAUGGAUGGAUGGAUGGAUGGAUGGAUGGAUGGAUAGAGGGAUAGAUAGAGGGAUGGAUGGAUGAUGGAUGGAUAGAGGGAUAGAUAGAGGGAUGGAUGGAUGGAUGGAUGGAUGGAUGGAUGGAUGGAUGGAGGCUGAGAGACAGCCCAGCAACUAAUAGAACCUACUCCCUUUGUAGAGGACCCUAGUUUGGUUCUGAGCACUCAUUAUGCAGCUCGUGACCACCUGUAACCACUCCUCUGGCCGUCUGCUGCCCUCAUCUGGCUUUGAAGGAUAUCUGUACACAAAAGUACAACCCCACACACACACACAUGCAUGCACACACACAAUUUAAAAGAUUAUAUAUCUAAAUAUUAACGAAAUAAUAAAAUAUGGGCUCUUUAAAAUUAAAGCUUUUCUGUAUCUAAGGGAGACAAAAAAUUUACCUCAGAAAUAAACGGAGUCAGAAGCCAGGCCUGGAGAUAUGGGGAUGUGAUUCUAGCUACUCCAGAAACUAAAGCAAAAGAAUUUCAAAUCAAGGCCUGUCAGAAUUAUAAGGUGAGUUCAAAGCACCUUAUAAUGUAAGGUGUGAGACCUGAAGAACAAUGCUGCUGACCCAGCUCAGUGGUAGAGCACGGACCAUCGUGCUUACAGCUGUGCAUCCAGUCCCAGUGCAAAAGCCAACGUCCAGAUAAAUGUCCAGAUAAAAAUUAAUUGCAGAUUAAAUAGGUUUAAUAAUAGAUUGAAUAUAUUAUAGAGGUUUGCAGAAUUCAAAUGAGUUAUGCUUUUUUCUGGAUUCUUAUUUAUUUGACCAAAACGUUGUUAAGUACCAAAUGCUGAAAUCUGAAGAUCAAGGCCAGCCUUGUGCUUGGCUCUCACAUUGUGCAGUUCUGGUAUAACAGGUAGUUUAAUUAUUUACAGCACAACAGCCCAUUGUAACACAGCCAUAGGUGCCGCCUUUAGGUGCAUAGAGAAAAAGUAACUAACUCUGUAGAGACCACUUACCAGGAAGACUUGAUGAAGUUCGCUUAAUUUCAAUCCUAAAAAUGAGUAGAACUUCAAAGGGAACAGUGUUAGCAACAACUUGGAGCCAAGGUAGGAAAGUGCAAAUGCAUUUUCUUCAUAGAAAAGCAUGUGGCCAUUAAUUCUAGCCUCUUAAGUUUUUGAACAUUUAACUGAUAGCUCAGUGUGGAAGGAGCUUGCUGACUACAAAGAACCAAAAGUGAGACCGUGACGUGACGAUGAGAAGGCAAGUAUGUUGGUGAGGGUCAUAUGACCAAAGCUGUAGCCCCUUGCCGGUCUGCAUUCAUGAAUGGCCAUGUCGGGGUUACAUGCAAUGAAGAGCAGCUAGCUAUCUGAGGAUCUUUAGGGACAUGGUAUGGCUCAGGGUGAUUUAAAAAAAAAAAAAGGUCUAGCUAACUACUGUUAGAGAAUAAAUCGGAGGGAAGCAUGGGAGAAAGAAAGCUAGCUAGUAGUCUUAGAAACAGCCUGCUCGAGCUAAGGGGGCCCUGAGCAGGAGGGUGGAAGAGGGGUAAGAGGCACACAUCCAGACCCAUCAGUAGACAGCAUGAGCAUGCAUUGUAACCUUUAAAUAUGGUAGGGGCUUAGCAAAAAGACCUUACCAUAAAAUACAGCAUUGUGGCAGUUGAAAUUGUGGGUGAGCUUCAAGGCAGAUUUAUUUGAUUGGUUGGUUGAUAGAUUAAUUGAUUAACUGUGAUACAGGUUCUCAGUAAGAGCACAGACUGACAGAAUGUACACUCCCUUCCCAGUCUCCUGGGGCAGAAUUCCAAGUGUACAUUACCCAUGCCCAGCCCUAUACUUGUUUUUCUUUUUAAAUUUUUAAAAUUAUUUUAUUAUUUUAAGUGUACAAGUGUUUUGCUUGUGUGUGUGUGUGUGUGUGUGUGUGUGUGUGUGUGUGUGUGUGUGUGUGGUAUGCACCACUUAUUUUCAGUAUCUAUAGAAGCCAGAAGAAGGCAUGGGAUCCUCUGGAACAGGAUUUAGCUACAGUUGUGAGCAAACUCGGGGUGCUGGAAAAUGAACCCAAGUCCUCUAGAAGCUCAGCCCCCAAGAGCUCUGAAAGCUCUUAACUACCAAGACAUCUUCAGUCCCUGGUUUUUUGAUAUGCGUAUUUUAAAUGUGAGAUAUUCAAAGGUAUUUCUUGUUGAUGUAAAGAAUGAAAUAGAGAGCUAGAUGGUGCACAGGACAAAAUGUCGUUCUGUUUCUGAGUAACAAGGCAGUGGUCAGUAAGCAGGGGGCUGCAGUCCUCCGCUAACACCAGUGAGGUAUGUGGAUAGAACACGAUGGUAAGUGACACUGCUUCAUAUUGGAAAGGAAUUUGGAGCUCCGUGUUGUGAUUCAAAUCACGAGAUACCUUCUUUUAUGCCAGGCAAUGGCUUAUUUUCAUGGUCCGUUUUGAACGUUCUUGUUCAAUCAUUUAAAAGGCUAUUAUGUCACCCUGUGCUCUCCUAGGAAUUAUAAAAGAAUAAUAAAGUUUUGAAAGCACUUUACAAAAUUAAAGAAUUAUAAAAAUGCUAAGUGCUUUGUGUGGUCAUUGAUUUAAUCUUAUAAUGUUUAGACCAUUUUGCCAACUCAAUGUGGAUUUUAUAAUACGUACUUGUUCUUACUCUGUUUUCUGUGAAUUUUCACAUUCUGAUUUUAUUAUCUCCUUAUGUGCAUUUUUGCUAGUUUAGCAACAGUGAUUAAUUUUAAAUUAUUUAUUGUAGUUAAAGCAAAAAUAAAGUAAAACUGAAUUUUCUAGCGUAAGUAAAAUUCUUUGGGUUUAUAAAAGUCACUCUGACUUCGUAGAGCAGAGCAUAAAGAGUAUAGUCAAGCAAGGUAUGGUGACUCAUACCUGUACCUCCUGCAGUCAGAGGUUAAGGCAGGAGGAUUGCUGAGUUCAAAGUCAUGCCGGGUUAUGGAGUGAAACCCUGCCCCCUCCCCUCAAUGAUGGUAGACCCAAGCUAAUUGGACAUUUGAGGAUAUUGAGUUAACUCUGGAAGUUACUUAACCAUUCUAAUCUUCAUUAGUAGGACCUGCAAGUAUUUAUAAACUUAUCAUCUCCUCAAUGUGGGGUUUGUGUGAAUAAACACUAGGAUGUAAAGAAGCAGUGGUAGAUUCAUUUUGUUUAGAUUUAAGAGCCACUGACAUUCUGGGGAAAAAACUGAAUCUAAUUUACAGCCUUUGUGAAACCCUAUAUUGGAAACAUUCACUGCGGUCAAAACAAUGUUUCUUUGUUUUAAUAAAUAUAUGUCUUAAGAAGCUCACAUUUUUAAAGAUUACUUUAUGUGUACAUCUUUAAAUCACCUAUGUGCAGGGUACAUCAGAAGAGGGUGUGGGACCCCUGGGAACCAGAGUUACAGGGUUUGUAACUGUCCUGAGGGUGCUGGGAACGGGACAGUGGCACUCUGCAAGUGCAGCCAGUACCAGUUGCUGAGCAUCUCUCUAGCCUCCUGAAAGUUUAACCUCUGGUGCUUCUAAGACUUUGAACUUUCACAAAUUAUAUUAUUUUACUGUUUCACAAAAAACCGUUGCUUCUUAUGUAUGAUAACAGUGUCUGCUGGAGGCAAGCAGUUGAUCCAUGUAUUACCAUCAUUGUAUGUACGUAUCCACAGGAACAUGAAUCCGUAUGGGAGACUAUCUCCUGCAGAGUUAGCCUGAAAAAAGUAAAGAGCCGAAUGCUGCCCUGGUCUUUUCAUGCACUCAGCUCGUCAGUGGGGUGUCCAACACAAUCCGAGGGAUACUCUCUCACAGAAGCAUAGAAACAGCUUAGUAUUCUAAAGUUAUCCAUAUGUAGUUUACUGCCUUACACACAGCCCAUCAGUGCUAUUGGUGAUUCCUUUCUGGUUUAGAAAAUAUUUUCAAAACACAUUAAUAACAUUUUUUUAAAGUGAAAUUUAAAAAUAGAAAAGCAGGCCUUCUCUCUUUAAGGUGAAAAAUGUGCAGCACCAAAUAUGGGCACCAGAGGGUGCUGGCUAGCCAAAGACCUGCUGUUCCCAUGGAGGCCGAGUGAGACCCUGUCCUUGUGAGAGGGAGCUUCAUGUCCAUGGAGCGCAGUGGCUUCAUGCUCUUCAGCUCCACAAACCACUAAUCUGAAAGUGACCCAUCUUCCUGAGUACUCAAGGGCCAGCAAUCAGCUGAAACACCCCAUCCGUCACAAGCAUGUGCACCUCCUGAGCUUAAGUGUUUGACCUCACACCACCCUGUUGAGGACUCAGAACUCACCCUAUACAAUUCAGGUAAUGUUGGAGUAUUUAUUUUUAUUCCUUUCUACUGGUUCCCAGUAGCAACUUUCUUAAUGGAACUUGAAAACCUGUCACAAACUAGUCACAGGUCGUUUACCAUUUAGCUAUGCUGUAAGAUAGCUAAGAAGCUCACUCCUCUAGGAGCCACUAAACAGUGUCUCCUUUGAAUGCUCAGAGCAGAGAUUUCCCAGGGAAAGAGAAAGACCCACUGCCAUCAUCCUGGCAGAGUCUCGCGCCCUGUUUGGUAUUGUUAUAAUUCAGAAUGAGAAAAAGACCAGUGAAAACUAGUUUUGGGUGACUGAAAACUUAGAAGGUAGUUAACAAAAUCCACAGGUGCCUUCGUAUUUAAGAGUCCUUUCUUAUUUGAGCAGCACAGCCUGGUGCAGCUGCUGAUGUGACAGCCAGUGUAGGCUGUGAGAAGGACGACAGUCUGCUAGCAGGCCCUGUGUGAGGCUGACGAUGUAGAUGACACAGUAUGUCUGCAGGAAGAAAGCAACAGCCAGAGCCGUGCCUGGCAGUACUGCAGCUGGGCUACGGUGGACUGCUGAGGACACAAGGACUGUGCUAGAUGAUGGUGGGGUGGGGGGCCUUUCAUAGAAGAAGCACUCUGGCAAAGAGAAGUAGCUGAAAACGUCUGUUCAUAUGGACAGAAAAUGGGCCAGUGGAACUGAAAGACAGCACUGAUACCCGUAGAGAGCAGUGUGUAUGAACCAGCUCUGUUUAGUAAUAGUUUCUUAGCAAAUUCAAUGUAUCUAUUUCGAUUUUGUACCUCCUCUGAAUUAAAAAGGCAAGGAACAUCUUUUUUGCAAUAUUCCUGCUUACGAAUGCUUCUGUUAGUUCCAGGUGUUAGGCACUCAUGGCUCAGUCUGUUGUAUCACUAGGGGCUGGGAAUCACAUGGUAUUGUGUGAGAAUACAAAAUAGUUUCAGAAUAAUUUCCCAAUGGAUGAGCUAUUCUUUCAACAACAGGAUAUGUCAGCCACGUACAGGACACAGGGCAUUGUGGGAAACUCCUCAGGAGCUCUGGCGUUUGAAGUAGCUGUCUGUGACCUUUCCAGUAGAAGUCAUAGCCUGCCUCUCAUUUGCUUCCUAAUUACACAUGCACUUCCCCAAUCCUUAUUAGAAUGGACUUUUUAAAGAGUGAGCUGAAAUUUCAUCCUGUAAAAUAAAAUGUAAAGAUUGACUACUGAAACUACUUCAUACCAACGUGUAUUAUUCAAACCAGAGCUCAAAUUCUGAUACCCAAGUUCCCACUCACAGCCACAGUCCCCUGACAUGGCAGUGUGUAGAUGCAAAGUAUGAUUAGCUGCACUCUGCAAAACCCUAGCUGGGCUCUGCCUGUGUUGUCACAGUAGCAGUGAAGCCACUCAGAAAGCAGGUGUCUGGCUGGAGCCUUGCCUCCCAGGUAUGUCAGCUUGGUACUGCCCUGGCACUGACAGCCUCUGGGGACGUUUGGGAAAGGACUCAUUUUAAAGGUAACACUAGAGCAAACUGCCCCAUGCUUUGUGCUCUACCGAGUGAGUCAGCAGGUAGAAAUCAGAGUCUAAGUCCUGCCCUGCUCACACCUUUUUUCAUUGAAAUACCAUGAAAGUCCUUGCAGCUGUUCAUGUGUAAUACUGGUCCAAGCAUGACGUUUGCUGAGUACCUAUUACAAGUGAUGACAGACAAGAUGGCUCACUGCACAGAUACUGCCACCCUCUCUGCCGACAAGAGCCCUGGGUGUUAAUUUUGGAAGUUGAUGCCUCAGUCAUUGGACCCUACCUAAGACAGUAAUGUUCUGCUGGUCUCAUUUUAUAUCCUCCUGGACCUUAGAUGGAUAACAUUAGGUCCAUCUUGGGUGUUUUCCAUGGUCAUACUUGGUUUCUUUUUUUUUUAAAUGCAAGGUCUCUCCCUGAACCUGAACUAAUGUGACUAAACUAGCAGGCCAUUCACCUCAAGGGAUCAGCCUAUCAGCAUGCUAUGCCCCCAUCCAGUACUGGAACUAGAACACCCAACUUUUCCAUGAAUGAUGAGGAUCUGAACUCAGGUCCUCAUGCUUGCACCACAAGCAGCUACCUAAACCAUACGUUUGGACGACUGUUAAUGAAGGAGUAAGGGAAGAUGCUCUCUCCUGGGUUGGUGGGUGGGUUUUAGAUCUUCCCAAGACCUCUUAUACUAAUUGGGCAUAACUUCCAUGUACCUAACAGUUUUAUAAGAACCCUCCUGUCCAUUCCUGAUAUCUUCUUGGAGUAUUUUGUUGUUAUUUUUGUUUUGGUUUGGGUUUUGUUUCUUUUGGGGAAGGGGGUAUUUGUUUGCUUUGUUUUUGUUUUUUCAAGACAGGGUUUCUCUGGGUAGUCUUGGCUGGCUUCGAACGCACUUUGUAGACCAUUCUGGCCUGGAACUCACAGGCCACUUCUGCCUCCCUGAGUGCGGGGAUUAAAAGCAUGCAGCACCUUUUCCCUGUGCCCUUCUUGGAGUUUUAAUUGAAUUCACAUUGUCUGUUAAUAGCUAGGAAACUAAAAGUACUAUUUCAGCCACAAACUAUGCCAUUCUAAGAUGGAGAGUACUAAAAUAAUUUUAUUUUCUAAGCAGUAUAACUAAUAACAGUGCUGGUCUUUGAUAUCUACUUUAUCACUGCCUUUUAUGUUUUUAAUCAUAUCAUUUGCUAUAAUUUGUGUUUUAAAAGAACUAUAUGUGUUGAUGCUCCAGAACUAAACGGGAUCCUGUUUAUUUUUUAGGUGUUGCUACAUGACUGAAACAUUAUCCAAAGAAAUUAUCCAUUACUAUUUCAAUUUCAUGAUUCAUGUAUUAUGGUUGACCUGUAUUUUUAUUAUAAAGUGAUUUUACUAAGUGAUUUUUACAUAUUUAUGCUAUGGAAAUAUUUAAAUCAUAUAAUAAGUAUUGUGAUGUCUCCACAGCAGGGAAGUCCACUAAUGAACCCACUUGGUGACAUGAAUAAGAGCUGCUGUCCUUGCCUGUUGUACUUGCCAAGGCACGUUAAGUGAUGGCAUUGUUACUGUUUUGCAGAACAGUUGGUAGAAGCCAUUCUCUAAAACAAUGAUAUUCUUUUUUAUGAGCAUGAAUGUCCUAUCAGACAUUCAGAAUGUUAGGGUUUAAAUCUUGGCCCGUGCCCAGACAGAACACACCCAGACAACAUGGUUCCAUGUGGAGAGGUUUAAUGAGAAGAGGAGAGGAGAGAAAAGGCACGGGCCAUGGGCAUGUGGUGGGAAAGGGGAAGGGGGCAAGAACAGAGAAGAACAAAGAGUAAGAGACAAGUAAGAGAGAGAAGUAAGAGAGGGAGUGGGGGCAAGCAGCCCCUUAUAUAGUCAGGCACAGCUGGCUGUUGCUAGGUAACUGUGGGGCGGAGCAUACCUGGCUGUUCCCAGGUAGCUGUGGGGGUGGAGCUUAGACAGAAUACCAACACAGAAUAAAUGUGUACAAAUGUGUGUGUCUAUCCUAAGAUGAAAUUUAUCAAGUGUACUCAAACUACUGUGACUUCCCCAAGAUAAUCUUUCUGAUUUCCUUCACAAACCCCACCCCCUUUGGGGCUGGGAAGAUGGCUCAGUUGGUAACUGCCAGCCAUGCACUAAUUUCCCUUCUUAAUACCACAGUAGACAUCCUUAAAUCAUAACGUAGUGCUGAAGAAGAGUUUUUGUUGCUGUAGAGUUGUUUGUCACUAGUGUCCACAGCAGGGUUCCAGAUUCUGCAGUAACAAGAACACACCACUUUUGUGCAUUCAAAAAGGAACUACUAAAGAAAGAAAAACAGUGCUCUAGGCUCUAGUCCCAACCCUCGGCACUCAUGGCUGCAGGGGUCUCUAGGGUUGGCCUCUGGUAUGCUCACUCUACUGCUAAUCAAUGCUUGCAAAAUAAAGGAGGGAGAAGUGGAUGCUGAAGGAGGCAAACAGUGAGGUAACUUUCUGGGUUUUCACUAAUAAAGAGACCCCUAUAAAGCUUCCAUCCUGUCUGCUUGUUCUAGUCAGAGUGCUACUCAGGGCAGCGCUGCAGGGCCACACAGGCCUAUUUGUCCCAUUCUCCUCAGGGACGGCCUUUCUCAGCUGGGCAGGCACUUCAGCAUGUAGCCACAGAGUCAGUUGGGGAUAUUAAAUGCUUAAGUUUGCAGUUAAAAUUUUAAAAGUUAAUUCUUUUUUUAAAGUUGACAGUCUAAGGGAAAGAAAAAACUUGGUUGUUUUGUUUUUGUUUUGUGUUGUUUGUUUGGUUGGUUUCAUUUUGUUUUGCCUUACCUAGAUUAAAUUCAAACCAGGGUUCUUGAGGGAGAUGUUCACAGGGAAUGGUGGAAUGGCGGUGCCUCCAGAAAAAAAGACUGGCAUUGCUUCCUCAGUCAGCUAGCUGUAUGCUGAGCUGACCCGUCAUGUAAACUCACUGUAUGUAAGUCGGUUCUGAACAUUGCAUUUGAGGAACACAUUGGUAUACAUCAUUACAAAGCUUCUGUAGGCUGAACCAAGGCCUGCAAGAUCACAGGGCCCUAGUGUAGUGUGCUAAGAGUCAAAUGAACACCUUGCCCAGGCUCCUAGAGAGUGUGGAGAAGAAUCUCCAUGGUGUCUGUGCUCCCAGAGAGGGCAGAGGUGUUAAGUUUGCCCAAGUGGCUUCAAGAGCAAAGGAGACAAUACCCCCAAGAGUUAGUUUGCCCCAUGCCAAGAUGAUUGGGCACUGUGGUAAUACCCCUACAUUAUGAAAUACACACACUCCUGCCUCUUCUGUAGACAGACAGACAGAUGACUAGUAAUCAGCAAAGCACUGGAUCUACCCCCACUGUUCAUAACCACCCUGUCAGAAAAGUGUCUCCUCCAGCCCCUCACAACCAAGACCUUAAGGGGAUAGAAAGCUCUGGGCAUGCCCCAUGCUAAGGAAAGGGGGCAGAAUUCACAUUUAAUAUGAAGUUGACAUUCAUAAUUGCUCUAGACUUUUAAUGAAGCCAGUGGGAUGCACUUCACAUUCAUUAGGCAUGUCAGAGAAAUAUGGCACUAUACAGAUGAAAAUAUUUAUUAGAGAAAUAAGCUUUUAAAUUUAUGUAGUGGUCCCAUAGAGAUUUGGCUGCCUAGUCAGCUAGUUUCAGAACAAUUUUAAACACAUUGCAUGAGUAUGUGUGUGUUUGUGUAUAUGUGUGUAUGUACAUAUGCACACGUGCACAUAUAUUUACAUUGUCAUUCCUCAAAAGCCAUCCUGUCUGUCUGUGUCUGUGUGUCUGCUGUCAUAGUAUCUUUCAUUAGUCUGAGACUUGCCAAUUUCGCUAGUCUGGCUAACUGCCUUGCUGGCUGGCUAGCCAGAGAGCCCCCAAGACCCUCAUGUCUCAGCCUCUCAGUACCGGUGAUAAGCACCAACCACCUCGCCAGUGCUUUACAAGAGCUUUGGGGCCUGAGCUUGUGUCCUUAUGCUUGCAAGACAAGCACUUACCUACUGUAUGUGUGCUCUCUCCAGCCGAAGCAUACAGUUUGGUUUUUGUUUUGUUUUGAGUUUUUAAAUUACAUUCUUACUUACUGGGGGUACACAAAGCCACCGUACAUAUGUUGCAGUCAGAAGACAACCCUCAGGAGUGAGGUCUCCUUCAUACAUGUGGGUCACGGGAAUCAAACUGGAGUUACCAGGUCUCCACAGUAGGCGUGUCCACCUGCUGCUGAGCCCUCUCAUCCACCUGCAGUGUUUUUCUGGUGUUGGUUGUGAUCCUUCAUAAUAGAUAGCUUUUGUUUUGAUAAAAUGUUUAGUUGAAAGACAUAAUCACUUACUUUGGCUAUUCCUUAUUUAUAUCUUUGUGUUUUAAACUAUUAAAAAUGUUAAUCCAAGCUGGAUAGCAUGUGCCUUUAGUCCCAGUGCUUGGGAGGCAGAGAUGGGCAGAUCUUGUGAGUUGGAGGGCAGCCUGGUCUACAAAGUGAGUUCCAGGACAGUGGGGCUCUGUAUCGGGGGGGGGGGGAGGGGGAGUGUUAAUCAAAAUUGCUGAAAUAAGGUAUCAUGCAUAGCUAUUUUUUAAUCCAUCCUUUAUAUAUCAAAAGAAUGUAUUUACUGUUUGACUUUAGUUACUCAGUUUUCCUUGUAUGGGACCUGGAAUGUAAAGCUGUGUAUUGUAAGAGCACAGUUGUACUUGAAUCAUUUUCCUGAUUAUUUUUAGCAGACAAAACUACUUACUAGAAACUGAAAGGCAUAAAAGGAAAUGGUGUCAGCUGCCACUGAGGAGUGUGACUCAAAUGCUGUCAUCCCUUUCUUAAAUGUGUGGCCAAGGUCUAACAAACAAAACGUGGAUGCCUUCCCCAGUCUGUAAUUCAUCUGCUUCAUCCAAGCUCCACAGAGCACCGUGGCAUCUAACGAAGUCCUGCUGUGUGUGAAGGGGAGGGUUCUUACUCUGAGAUUUUUAGAUCAUAUUUCCAUUGGUAAAAUAUGGGAUCUGGGGGCUGGAGAGAUGGCUCAGUGGUUAAGAGCCCCGACUGCUCUUCCAGAGGUCCUGAGUUCAAUUCCCAGCAACCACAUGGUGGCUCACAACCAUCUGUAAUGGGAUCCGAUGCCCUCUUCUGGUGUGUCUGAAGACAGCUACAGUGUACUUAUAUAAAAUAUGGGAUCUGUCUCGGAGGGCUGUGGACAGAUGUAUUUAUUUCACUCAACAGCUGGCCAGGUGGAAAACAUAUACAGCCAUUUCAUUAGACCAGUCAUGACUAAAGUACCUUAAUUAAAGAAAAUACUUUU